AUGCGUCUAUAUUUCUGGGUCAUGGAUCCAGUUGAGGCUGGUGAUUGGCUCGUUGGAAGACCACAGCAGUUGGUUUUCCUCACUGGGCUUGAUCCCAAUAACAAGGAAUCACAUUCAGCGCUUGUCAGCACAUUUGGGGUCCGCACUCCCGAUCGACCACCUUUGAAUCUUCGCCUCGUCACUGGUGAAUUGGACCUUCCGCAAAAAUUGGAGAAAAAACCUGGCAAGGGGAUCCUUCGUCGUGACUGGCCUUUAAAAUACAUAGGUCGAGUACCGGCAUUGAUCGUAUUAUUCCUGGAUCUAGAUUGGGAUCAUUCUUCUUGGCUUGAAAAGAAAACCGAAGCCGAAAGCAAAUGCGCAAGCCUUCGUGCAAGUGCUGGACAAGCUAGCAGAAUAGCAGUUGUGCUGCUGCAGCAGAGAUCAGUACCAACGUCCGGAGAUGAUCCAUUAGCCACGGAACGUGCUCAUGAAUUAUGCCAAAUUUGCCAUUUGACCCCAAGACAGCUAUUUGUUGUACCUAUGUUAGGAGACCUCACUGGUUACGUAUCAAAGCUAGAGUCAGCUUUCCAUGAACUCGCGCAGGGAUUUUACCAGCAGAAGCUUAAGACAAUCCGUGCUCGAUCUAUUCCUAAUAACUCUCCUUCGCUAGUUGUUAGACAGUUAUUCAAACUUGCAUUUCUUUCGGAGCUGAGACAAGAUACACAUACGGCUUAUAGGAACUAUCGGCUCGCUUACGAGCAAUGUAAAGAUCACGUAGAAAGUUGGGAUAUGAUUGAUAUUUUCGAAUGGCGAAGCGUUGUUGGACUUUUGAAUUAUAAGAUAUGCGAACUAUGUUUUCUUCACAACAUGGCUGUAGAGGCAAUUAAUCAAAUGCGACGACAUCAAGCUGUGUUCUUCAGUGGGCCAGCCGGUGUGUACCCUACCCCACAGUUAGCUAGCAUUGAGUUGCAGUUAUGGAAUGCAAAACAAUGUUGGCACUUUGCCCAACUCUUUGAACAAGCUGUGGUGAACGGGUUGACCGCAUUAGCCACAUUGAAUCCUGGAACACACCUGGAUCUAGCUGCUUCAUUGUACUCAGCGGUCAACAAGAGUAUACUUGCUCUAAAGAAAAGUAAUCCAGUCACGAAGCCCUAUCCAGUUCCGGAUCCCAUGGCAGCUAUUCAAAACACUGUUUUCUUUGGUCAGCGCCCGUGGAGGAUAGGUUAUGAUGGGCUUGCUCCAGCAAAUGUCGAAGAAGAUGCCGUCACAGCGAUUUUGCAUCGACUGGUGGUCAAUUACGAAGGUGUUGUAUCUUUAUUGAAUGCUGCUAUGGCACAGUUUAAAAAGUAUGGAUGCUUUCGAAUGUAUCGUAAAGGGAUUAUAGAGAAAGCUGAAGUGUAUUACCAAAGCGGAGACCUUGCACGUGCUCUUCAACUGUGGGUAGCGGUUGUUCGAGAAGCUAUACCACCAGCUGUUCGCAGCGAUAUCCUCCAGAAAGCGAUCAGUGCUGCGUACUGUAUGGCUUCCAUAAAAGAUUACAUAUGGUGCUGUGUGCAGUUGAUGCCGUCUCAGCCUUUGGCUGAGGAUGGUUUCCGUGCUGUACUUCACUCCACCGUUCCACCGCCACCAUUUGCUGCGAGUGAGGUUUCCGCAGCACAGAUGUCACAAUAUCAGCAAGGUUGGGCAACAGUUCUAGGAGAACGUCAAUUCUUCAAUAUACAAGCAUCGCGGCUCGAUUUAUUCGUUACCGUCCAGGCUUCAUUCCUCGAAACAAAUCCUGUCCAACUGGACGCAAAAGUUCCGGUUCGCAUCUGCCUGACAUCGUCAGCUGUCCAACCUGUUAGUUUAUCGGCUGUGGUCGUUGGUUGUGAUGUGGAACGACGACGACGUGUUCCUCCAAUACCCGAAAAUGCACCUCUUCUCCAGGCCUCCAGAACUGGUGUUGUUCUUAAAGCGAAUGCAAAUACCGUUCUCAUAGUGAUGGUAGAUUUAUCGACUGCUCAGUUGCAGAAGGGGCAGACGUUAUGGAUUAGCCGGAUUUGCUUGGAGUUAGGUGAUCGACACUCGAAAAUGUUCGGCCAACUUGAGUAUAACCUCGAUUUCCCUUCGCAUACAUCACCGAUUCGUACUAAGACUGAACUAGGAAGCAGCGCUGUGAAAAUAGCCGCUUCUGAUGGAGGAUUGGUAGCUGAAGCGUCAACAACGCAAGUAACCUGUUUAGUGGCAGAGAUUGCUUCGGCUACGCUAAUGCUGAAGAACACAUGCGGCCAUAAAAUCGAAAGUGUACGGCUAGACUUCAAACGUAACGAGCAAGUAUCGACGGAAGCUGUUGCGGUGUUAUUCGUAGACGAUAACGAUGAGCUUCGAUCAGAGAUGACAGUGAUUGGACCACAGAACGUGGACGUUGGCGAGACGGUGAGCAUCCCAGUCAGAUUCUCAGCGCAACUUGUUGGAAACAUCGAGUUAGAGCUGGAGACCAGUUACCAACUCGAAGGUGAGACCAGGAGACGAACUGGACGAGUUCACCUGUCGAUAACAGCUCGUGAACCGUUGGCAGUGAAAAGUGGAGUGCUUAGCAUGAAUGGUCUUCCACUAGCUUCAAUCCUGAAUCAUAAUGAUCAUGUGAUCAAAGCAAGCAUCACCGCUAACGCUAGUAUCGUAAUUACGCAUGUGGAAUGGCUUUUGGCGGAUGUUGUCGUCCCAAUUGGAGAAGAGAGUUGUUCGAAGACAACAGAAGAUCAUCUAACUGAUGAAGAGGUGAUUUGCUAUUGUUGCGCUGUAACGAUCAAAAGUCCUGAGGAAGACACGGAAACCCCAUUGGGUCGACUUGCAAUCGAAUGGAAACGCGCAGAUGGUGUGAGCACAGUACGAUCAGUGGUCCCAUUAUGUCGGGUCCCACUUCUUCAAUGUCCUGUAUCGAUCACCGGCACCCUACUAGAUCCAAGAGCAGCUACCGUAAGACAUCCGAUUCGAGUUGCAUACUGUAUCAAGAGCCAUUCGAAAGAGACGAUCGAGCUAACCGCAUCCUUCGACCUUGCUGAUGUGUUUAUGUUUUGUGGUGAAAAGAGGAAAACAUUCCAUCUAAUGCCAUUCGACAACUAUUCUAUUGUGGUGGUGGUGAUGGCAUUAACAGCCGGCCGGUUACCGUUCCCGAAAAUUGCCUUGAAGUCACCAGAAAUUCCGGACGAUAUGUUGCAACACACGUCAAGGGCGCUUCCCGCUAAUUUAUUUGUUUUGCCAUGCGCCAAAGAAUCAAACACCUCCGAGAUUUGA